AUGUCUGAGUCAUCUUUACUCUCAGAAAACAUCAGUGAUAUAAGUGAUCAAUUUAGCAACUUUCACUUAAAGGACUAUGAUUAUGAAGUCCCCCUCAAUAUUUACAAGAGUCCACCUGAGCAUCUUAAGCAUAAAGAUUGGGUUCAAACAGACAAUAAACAUGAUGAAUAUGUAUUCAGAGAAAGUAUCAGAACUUUGAGAAAAGCUGAAUUUGUGCAUCUAGACUAUGACCUCUACCACAUUUCAUACCUACUCUCCGUCAAAAAUCAACCAGUCAAUCUCAAGACCAGUCUACAAACACUAAUUGCCGAUUUUCAACCUCCAAAUCUGCCACCAACGGUAUCCACUAAUCAAAGACUUGUUGGAAUGGCUGAAUAUUUACUAGAUGUCAUUGAGAAAUACAAAAAGGAAAAAAAUGAUAAAUUACCUUUUUGCCUUAGAUAUCCUACCUUGGAAUCAUUAGAGAAAGUUGUUAAUGAGAAUGAAAAGAAGAUGAAAAGAGUGAAGUAUGAUCAUCCAGUCAUCUUUCUUGAUGAGGCCAAAAGGACGAUUGAUAUGUUCAUUCCACCAGUCAAAGAACAUCAUAUAGUAGAGGGAUCCGAGUUAGCCUGCUUGAGAGCGUCCUCUAUAAUUCCCACCACCAGAGUGUCUAACCCACAAAUAGAUUUAGAUUGUUCCCCGGUUGAUCAACAUCCAAAAUCACCUAUACUCCCCUCCAACAUCCCUAAUCAACCAAGAUUUGAAACAAACUCAAGAAAAAAGAAGACUGGAGAAGAAAGAGCAGAGAAAGCGAUUGGUCUGAACAAGGACAUUAGUCUGAACUUCAUUAGAACUGGCCAUGGACUGUGUAGUACAUUCAAUGCUCAUGUAUUGUGCUAUGCCACUGGACAGGAACCCCGCGAUUGGAUGGAUAAAAUACUGCAAUUUGACUCUGAAGGACAAGUGAUUCAGAAGGAAAGACAAGGUCGUCCAAAAAAUAAAAAUGAGUGGAAUAAUGUUCCCUAUGGUGAAAAUCAACUUCCGAAACAUACACAUCUUAAAGAAUUAUAUAAGCAACAGGAAAUAGCUUCCUUCACAAAACAUACUCGAUACUGGCACAUUUUUAAUAAAGUUUUGAACUUUGCCUUUACUCCCAAAGAGUAUGAUCAAGCCGAGGCAUGUAUUCGAACUUUUCUGGACAACCAAAACAAUCCGGAAGGUUCAAAUGCUGCAACCAUGACUGGAGUUGCUGAUCAUCCUAAUCCUGCAGUUGGAAAUGUCACUGUCAGUUUAAACAGCCAACCCUCUCCUCAUCGUGAUCCAAAGGAUGGUUGUGUUAUGGUCUCAGAUGUUGUCCAUACCAAUACAGUCGGUGGUGAAUUUUUGAUGUAUGAAGUUGGGCUUGCUUCAGAGUGUGAAAACGGCAGUCAAAUAGUUGGGCAAUUCAAUAUAUUAUUACUUGGUAUUGGGCGAGUGAAGAAGCAUCCAAACUUGCCGGACCAUCUGACGACAAGACGAACAAGUCUAGCGAUAUACUCGCAUCACAAAAUAUAUGAGAUAGCUGCUAGAUAUUCUGCUCUCCUCAAAAAAAUGGACUCUCACAGCAAUCCUUCCUUAUGGCUACCUUUGGAAGACGAUCAAUCUCAUUUGACCGACGAGCAGAUCAGAGAAAAGGCUAUAGAGAGGGUGAACACUCAGUAUAAGGUGUUUCAAAAGUUACAUCCUGACGAUUCAGCCUCAACAAGCAAAGAUCUUAAUGAGAUGGCCAAAGCUGCUAGGGCUCAAGAUUCAGUUUUACAAAAAAAGCACAAUGCCAGUCAAAAGCAAAAGCAAAAAAAGAGGAAGUGUGCAAAGAAAGAGGCUGCUCAACAAGCCAAGAAAAUGAAGUUAGAUGAACUGUCAGAUUCUUUGGAAUUAUGA